UUGGUCAGGAGGUGAUAGGUUACGCUCUCUCCGGUGCGGCCUAGCCGGCGUGGUUUUUGGCCGUGUUUCCUAGCAGCGCAGGCCGGGUGGGGGCGCCGGGGAGGCGGGCAGGGCGGGCACGAUGGUGCCGGGGGUCGGGUGGCCGGUGAGUUACGUGCUGCUGUGCGGGCAAGCAGCGCUGCUGCUGGGGAACCUGCUGCUGCUGCAGGGCGUGUCCCGGAGCCACCAGCACAACGCGACCGGGGCGGAGAGCGGGGACCCCGGAGAGGCCGAGCCCGACCAGCCCGCGGGCAGCCCGGCCCCCGCCUGUGACUACGGGGACCCGCUGGCGCCGCUUGUGCUCUGCACCUACCUGCCCGAGGAGUUCAUUGAAUGUGCGGAUCCAGUAGACCAUGUUGGAAAUAUUACUGCACAGCGAGAAUUAGGUUAUGGAUGUGUUAAGUUUGGUGGCCAAGCCUAUAGCGACGUAGACCACACUCCAGUGCAGUGCAAAGCACUAGAUGGUAUUGAGUGUGCAGAGCCUCGGACUUUUCUACGAGGGAAUAAACCAUGUAUAAAGUACACUGGCCACUACUUUAUAACUACUUUACUCUACUCCUUCUUCCUGGGUUGUUUUGGAGUGGAUCGAUUCUGUCUGGGCCAUACAGGGACAGCAGUGGGAAAACUACUGACUCUUGGAGGACUUGGUAUCUGGUGGUUUGUUGACCUUAUUCUCCUUAUUACUGGAGGGUUGAUGCCUAGUGAUGGCAGCAACUGGUGCACAACUUACUGAACAGAAAAAUUACCAUUUGAGAAUUGACUGCAGGAGAAGUUAAUGGGGCAUCUGUCCCUGUACAACCGGAUACAUUUGUUCUGCAGAGUCAGAACUGCCUUUUUUUCUGCAUUUUUUUUUAUUUUGUAUAAAUAUAUUCUGGAUUUGCAUAGUGAAUGCAGUUGCAGAACAAUGCUAUACUUAACUUCUUUGUACAUACCUCAAAUUUCAAAGAAAACUACUCACUGUAUAUUCUUCCUAUUAAUUGGGUAAUCUUUUCUCCAGAAUAACAGAUUUGACACAGCAGUUGAGUAUUGUACCUUUUCCUGUGGAUGUUCACUUUCAUGCUAAUGUUUUAAAAUAGCAUGGGCUAAAGUGCUAUUUUUAGCCUCUCCCCUGUAAAGUGUAGCUGUUCCCAGUGCAGUAGAUUUUUCAGAGGUUCACUGAAUUAUAGAAGUACAUGUGAUGAAAUUUUCCUUAAUGACAAACAUCAGUGUGCUGUGGAAGUGAUCAACUAUUAAGCUUAUGAGCUAUUUACUUAACUCAGUGAUAUGUAUAAAUGGGAGAAGCUUUGAGCAGCACAACUUUGUAACUUAUUCAACAUUGGUUCCUAGGUCUUAUACACUGCAUUGUACAAGAAUACUUUAGAGAGGUGAACCUUCGUGCUUUUGUAAAAGGAGCAGAACCUACAAGCACAAAGUCAAGCAAAUGUCUUAAAAUAAAAAGUGUAUGGAAAAAACAGGUGCUGCUGCACUAUCUUAGUUGCUGUAGUAGGUGUAGGAGUCAGUCUGUUCAGCCUUCUCUGCAAAGCUCCACUUGCCAUAGUUUAAGUUUAAUUAGUUGUAUGGUAAAAAUAGCUAAGGAGACUUUUUUGAGCUUGUGUAGUUGGACUGAAACUAACUAUUAAAGCUCCUGUAAUUAGAGCAAGGAAUUUAGGUCAUUGGUGUAUGUGAAUGAAUUUGCUGUGCUUCUGACUUCUGUGCUAAACAGGGUGAAAGAAAGGUAGAACCACUGUAAAAUAAGUUAUAGAAAUCCACUGCAUAAAUACAAGCACUGAUUUGUAAGUUUUGGCUAGGGUCAGAUUCACUAACUGCACUGGUAACAAGAAGUUUUGGCAUUGAUUUCUAGGGGAAGUUACAGCAGGUUUUCUAGGCAAGUGUGUGUGCUCUGAAGACAGCUGUACAAUUACACUAAUUUUCCAGGAUUGGAGGGGAAGGGGAGGAAUACACUAGGGACAGUGCAGCUAAUGGCCAAGUCCAGGGGUCUGUUCAGGAUAUUUGUAACAUAGCACAAGUGGAAAAGAAAAGAACACAUCUUCCCAGCUGUAGCUCUGUUCUAAAAGGCAGUAUCUCUAGCAACUUGUAUGCUUAGUUAAAAGCAUAUAGUAUGUUAAAGGUUCAUAGCAGUGUAAUACACAAAUAUACCAUAAGUGUAAUUUUGAGGAGGACUGGGGAGGAGGGUACCCUGGGGGAGGAGUAACUGUAAGGCAGGGUUGGUAGGAGGAUCACAGCAGAAACUAAGAACACAAAAACAAGUAAGGGAGACAUGAGGCAGCAUUAAAGAAUGUAUGGAAAUGGAAUCUGGGCAUUUUAGUAGUACAGGAACCACUGGUCCAAUCUCUGAAAAGCAUUCCUACAUCUGUGAUUUUACAAUAGUCCACCAUUAUGAACUCACACUUCUGAGUAGCUGAUAUUUUUAAUCUUCCAUUCACACCUUUGGAGUCAAACAUGUUUUCUUAAUACUUUAUCAAGUGAGCAUGGUCAUAAUUUCCAAGAGUGAUUAGUAACUCUAGGCUACCUCUGUUUUUGGCUGAUAGUGAAGGGGCUUGACUUCCAGGGAGAGUGUGCCCAGCACUUUCUGAAAAUCAGGCUGUUCGAGCACCCAAAAAUUAAAGCACCUAAAAAUCUCUGCUCAAUCUUAAAGCUUUAGAAACAAGUAUCAGUAGCUAAGAGUUUAGCUGUUUCCACUAUACAUGUGGAAAACUUGUCUACUAGAAAGUUCUAUUUUUCUAAAGUCAUUUUUUAUAUCCACAAAAUGUUACAGAAAAGCAAAUAUAGAACAAAUGAUAGCUAAUUUUCAGCAAAAGCACCAAAAUUCAUUCCAGUCCCUUUGAUUUCAAUCAGAAUUUGAUCAGGUCUCAAGUUCUCAGUAAUAGGAGAUCUGCACCUAACUUCAAUAGUAUUUCAAGUUUAGACAAUAGAAGUAGCUUUGUCCACAUUGUGGACUACAACCAGUAUUUUUUGGCUAGCUUUAAAUUCCUUUAAAUAUGGAAGGGGUGGGGGACGAGACCCAUACUUCAAUAGUCACCUUCAAAUGUGUUUGAAGUAAAAUACAGAGUGGAAAAACACAUCAGUUUGAUUUAUCUU